UGUAGGACUUCUGCCAGAAGUUUGUAGACAGCAGAUGCUUUCCAGAUCAAGAGAUCUUUAACAGACAUGUUGCAGAUGUACGUGUGCUAUCUGGGUUAGGAGCUUUGCGAUGACAACAUAAAAUCAGAAUAACCAUUCAGUUCCUGACCCCAACCUCCCUUUCAUUCUUGAAGUUGAUGCAUCAGACUGUGGCAUCGGAGCAGUUCUUUCCCAAUGUCAUGGCCAGCCUAGAAAGCUUUUCCCAUGUGCUUUCUUCUCAUGAAAGAUGAGUGCAGCAGAGAAAAACUAUGAUGUGCGAAACAAAGAACUAUUGUCCAUGAAGGCUGCAACUGAAGAUUGGAGGCAUUGGUUGGAAGCAGCCAUGCAUCCAUUCCAGGUGAUCACAGACCAUAAAAAUCUAGGAUAUGUCAAGAGUGCCAAGAGAUUAAACCUACGCCAAACAAGAUGGUUUUUAUUCUUUUCUCAUUUCCAGUUCACUGUAACAUAUGACCCAGGAAACAAAAAAUCCAACAAGAAAUCCAGCACCUACAAACUGUUCUAGAAACAAACUAUGUUCCCCAACAACUGAGAAACCGUGUCAUGCAAUGGGUACAUACAUUACUUUGCUCUGGGCAUGCAGGCAUCUCCAGGACCCUUCAGCUGACUCAAAACACAUUUUGGUGGACUUUUGUGCACAAAUUGAGCAGGCUUUUUCAAAACUCCCAAAGCAGUUCCAUCCGAUCUUCUCAAGCCUCUUCCAUUUCCCCGAUACCCAUGGUCCCACCUUUCCAUUGAUUUUUGUUACAGACCCACUCCUCAACCAGCCUAACUCCAUUCCAGUGUGUACUCGGCUACCAAACUCCACUUUUUCAGUGGUCUUGUGAACCAUCUUCAGUGCCUGCAGUCAACGACUGGAUCCGAUGUAGUGAGAGGGUGUGGGACAGUCCUCCACAUUCUACCUACCAACCAGGCCAGAGGUUCUGGCUCUCCACAAGAGAACUGAAGUUACAGCUACCAAGCAGGAAGCUCAGUCCAAGAUUUUAAGACAGAUUAAUGAAGUCACUUUCCAAACUAUCAUAUUUCUCCCUCCUUCCAUUUAACCCUCCUGAAAUUGGUCUAUCAUAAUGCUGACUCCAAUGCUGAACCAUGUGAGCCUCCACCACUAACUAAGAAUAGUAUUUGUUGAUUCUUCUCUGUUGUGACACAUUAACCAUGACCUCCCGUACUGAGGUACGUACUGAAUAGUGAAAUCGGUUUAUUGUUCCACCCCUAGUGUGUCAGGAACUAACAAGGAUUCAGUUGCAGGUUAGAACUUAAAAUUUAUUUCUUGUCUUUAAACAAAAACUUGACUGGGGCAGAGGGACGGAAGACGUAAUACCAGACAGAAAAUAACAGAAUCAAGUAACAGUCAAUAAACAAGACACAAGUCACUGCGCUAGGCAGUGAGUAUUUGGCGUAAGGGAAUCUGCUCUAACCUCUGCAUCAGUCCUGCUGCAUCAUCCCAGCAGGUGAGGAGAAACUGCAAAACACAGCACUGUAGGAGCCAGGAUAGGAACAGAGGAAUACAGGUCUGGAGGAAACAAAAGGCAGAGCAAACAAAAGGAGUAAAAUUUGGAGCCUACCUGGACUGGACUGGACUGGACUGGACUGGACUGGACUGGACUGGACUGGACUGGACUGGACUGGACUGGACUGGACUGGACUGGACUGGACUGGACUGGACUGGACUGGACACGAAUGCAGCAUCUUCACACCACAAUGGUCAGACUGCAAAUGAGGGGAACUUAAGUAGAGGGGAAAUUAAGGAGCUAAUGAGCCACAGAAGUGAACUUGAAGAAUACAAGAAGAAAUUUGAGGAGUUUAAAGCAAGGGUGGCAUCUGAUGCGGUUCUCGACAUGGGAAGCAGCGGAGCUUUAACUGAGGACCUUAAUAAUCCUUGCAGAGAAACCGAGCUAAAGAAGAUGUAUGAUAAAUUGAGACUACAAAUGCUGGCAAAAUAUAUAAUGGAAAUUAAAAAGAAAUCAAAGACAGACAAAACCAUAAAUGAAACAAAAGAAAAGGAAAGGCUUAAAGCAAUGCUGAAGGACGUUUUCACUAAAGCUCAAAGAGACAUGACUAAAAAGAAAGAUGUUUUAUCCUUUAUUCAGGAGGGUGAAAAAAAGGAAGCAAAAACACAACACAAAAAUACAAAACGCAAAGCGAAGAAACUUAAAUUCAUCGAUUUAGCUCUCCAAAAUCUGCAAAUGAUAAUAUUUCAUGAAGAGGCUAGAAAUCUCCAGACCAUGUACAAGCAACCUGACCCUCUGUGUGAGCUGGCUGAUGAAUGUUACAAGAUCGGCUGCCUGCUGGCUUUACACAAUCCACCUCUGCUGCUCGACUGGGAGAAAAAAGAGCCGUCAGAUUACCUGCCACCAAUUAAGAUGGAAGACACAUCUGCAAAGACAGCUCUGGAGAUUUAAAAAUCCAGCUGUAUGAACAAAAAUCAGCAACAGCAUUAUAGAGAUUAGAGACUAUAUGUUUUAUAUAGAUAGU